AAGCAAGACCAAUUAAGCUUGGCUACUUUUAUAGUUUUGUUGAAGGAGAACUGAUAAAGUAAAGUACCAAGUCUAUUCUAUAUUGGCGGGCCAAUAGUUUCUAAGUGUUGCCUUGUUCAACUCCUCUUGGCCACUUUCUAACAACAGCACGCUACCAACUUCGAACAUGCCUUCUUUAAACGUGGCGGUGAUCGGGGCCGGGGUGGCCGGCCUGCUCGCAGGACGCGAGCUCCAGCGAGCAGGCCACAGAGUCACAAUCUUCGAAAAACAGAACCAACUUGGAGGAACAUGGGUUUAUGAUCCACGAAUAGAAUCAGACCCUGUAGGCCUUGACCCCAGCAGAGAGAUCAUUCACUGCAGUCUUUACUCUUCACUAAGAACAAAUUUUCCAAGACAUCUGAUGGGUUUCUCUGAUUUUCCAUUCACGAAAAUAUACGAUGACUCUAGAACCUUUCCCUCACACGAGGAGGUACUCAAGUUCCUCAACGAUUUUGCUCUGCAUUUUGGGGUGGAUAAGUUAAUUCGGUUGAGUGCGGAAAUUGUUGGAGUUGAGCUAAGGAAUGAUGAGUGGAUUUUGGAGUCAAGAACGGGGGGAUUGAUAAGGGAGGAAGUUUUUGACGCUGUUGUGGUUUGCAAUGGUCAAUAUACUGAGCCCAGGGUGGCCAAUUUUCCAGGGAUUGAGAAGUGGCCAGGAAAGCAAAUCCAUAGCCACAACUACCGUGUUCCGGAUCCAUUUCGUGAUCAGAUUGUAGUUGUGAUCGGAGCUGGGCCAAGUGCUAUGGAUAUAUCAGGAGAAAUUGCGGCAGUUGCCAAAGAAGUCCAUAUUUCAACAAGACCGUCUUCUCUCUUAUCAAAAUCGGUCAUUUUUGAAAAAUUCAAGCAGCAUUCUGAGAUAGACUAUGUCGAUGAAAGUGGUACAGUGGCUUUUGAGGAUGGGUCUUCUGUUCAGGCAGAUAUAAUAUUUCAUUGCACUGGGUACAAGUACAAUUUUCCAUUUCUUAAAACAAACAACAUUGUCACUGUGGAGGAUAACCGAGUUGGACCAUUGUACAAACAUGUGUUCCCUCCUGAGAUUGCCCCUAGGCUAUCCUUCAUUGGAAUUCCUAAUGCUAUAACUGUAUUUCCAAUGAUGGAACUACAAGCCAAGUGGAUAUCGCUUGUUUUAUCAGGCCAGGUGCUUCUGCCAUCCAAAGAGUCAAUGUUGGCAGAUACUGAAGCUUAUUACAAAUCAAUGGAGCAAUUUGGCAGCCCAAUUCGUUUCACCCAUUUUCUUUUCCCGACUAAGUUUGAGUACCUAGACUGGUUAGCUGAUCAAGCCGGAGCACCACGGAUUGAUGAACUGACAAGAAGAAUAUUUGCACAAGUUUUUACAAACAUUUUCAGCUCUGAAGCUGAUAAGUUCAGAGAAUGGGAUGUCGAUAGCUGGAUUGAUACAGUCAUGUAAUUUUAUGUCAAAAAGUCGGUAUUUUUAAUAUUGUUACUUGUAUGUAAAAAAAAAUCAUAUUUGUGACUUCAUAUGUCAAUCACUUAUGACACAGAACUGCAUAAAAUGUCUUCAUUCAUAAUUAAAUGCUGAUUGUAUAUUGUAUUA